AUGUCUUUUUUCAGAGAAGCUAUUCAGCCGGUGCGCCGUGCAGUCUCUAGUACGUUGGCUAUGGACCGCAGCGGCGCCUUACAGACUCGGAGGUGCCUGAGUCACUCUACGCGAGUGCGGGUUGUCCAGUCAACAGAGUCGAGGUUUAUGCAGUCUCGGAAUGGGAGGAACAGUGGGAUUUGGAGGGAAUUGAAUGCGAAUCAGUCGUGGUGUUCGCGGCGGUCGUUCUCUGCUACUGCGGGAGCCAGCCACGGGCAUAUCACGCCCCCAAAGCCCGGAGAAGAGAUCAAUAUCAGUUUCAUCGAUAAGGACGGAGAAAAGUGGGAUUUCCAGGUUGCCGAAGGUGAUAACCUGUUAGAUAUUGCUCAGGCGAACGACCUGGAAAUGGAGGGUGCCUGCGGUGGUUCCUGCGCCUGUUCUACGUGCCAUGUCAUCGUCGAAGACCCGGAUCUGUUUGACAAGAUGGAGGAGCCGUCAGACGACGAGAACGACAUGCUGGAUCUUGCCUUCGGGCUGACGGAAACUUCUCGUCUGGGCUGCCAGGUGAUCAUGACCAAGGAUCUAGACGGGAUGGUGGUCCGGCUGCCGUCGAUGACGAGAAACUUGCAGGCCAGUGAUUUUGUCGAGAAGAAGAGGUAG